GGAUGAUAAGCGCAUUGUCCAUGGAACUUCAGCGGUCGCACCGUGUAACUAACAGAAGCUACGGUGGCACAAGGGCUUAGUGAUAUAUCUGUAUGGAACUAGCACUUCCACGCUGAUUUUGGUGGCAACAGGUAGGUAGUCGGCAUCCAACGCGAGGCGAGCGACGUGCCGACAAUCGGUGAAAGCCGAUGGCAGGCAAUAAUGAUAACCAGUUCUUCUCUUUACUGAACAGCAACGGACAGGGAUCUCUCUCCGGCAACCUAACCAGCCUCGGUUCAAGCGCUCUGGAAGCCGCUGCUGCUGGAGCCGGUGCGGUGUACGACGCUUUGACCAGCUAUGCCUCCGCGGGCGGAGCCCAACCUGCCCAGGACUGGGUGCCUCUAGAAGGUGAUGGCCAUCCCGUGAGCAGCACAGCUGCUGUCGGCCCCACGUCAUCACCCGCCACCGUCCGCUUGCCCGCACGGACGGCCUCCGUGCCUUUCAGCCCACCCUCAUGGGCGUCCCCACGCCCAGCAGCCGCACCCGCACAUCCUAGAUCUCCCCUGGGACCCGCGCUGUUCACCUCCGCGGCGUCUUCACCCGCACCCUCCACGCCAGCAGCGCAACGAGCCGCAGCGCCAGCACUUGCACCGGCCGCCGCCGCAGCGCCGUCAUCAUCAGCAGCAGCAGUUCCCGCUGUGGCUGCUGCUGCUGCCGGUGCAUCCUCCACUAAUGGCGCCGAUGACACGGACGACUUGUUCGCCGGGCUGGAGGUAGAUCCCGAGGUGCCACCCUUCCCCCUGCCGCGCACCGCACCGCCCCGCUCACCACCCCGCCCCCAGUGUGCACACCUCCCGCCCGCCGCAGCUGUACCCGUAGCAUUACCGUUGUCGCCGGCACACCUGCCGCAUCAGCCCCUGCAACAGCCUCCUCAGCAACAGCCUCCUCUGCCAGUGCGGACAGGGCCAGCUUACCCCGCCACGCAGCCACCGGCGCUCCCAAGCCCACCCGCACCGCGGCAAUUGCUGCCCACCGCGCAAAGCAGCAGCGCCCUGCCGUUAGGCGACCUCCUGGGUGAGGACCUCUUCUCCGGACUCACCGCUGUCGCCGCUGGCCCGGCUGCCGGCCCACCACCGCCAGCACAGGCCGUACAGCUGCCGCCACCGCCGCCUCCGCUGCCACUGCCACUACCUCAGCAGCAGCAGCGGCAGCCUGUACUGCAGCAGCAGCCGCAGCCGCAGCCUGAACUGGACGACUUACUCGGUGGCGUUGCCCUAGGGGCUGCAUGGGCGGGUGGGAGCUUGUCUGCGCAGGUCAGUCGGCACGUGGGUGCAGUGCCGGCAGCCGCACUGCAGCAACAGCAGCGGCAGCAGUCAGUUGACCUUCUGGGGGACCUAGAGGAGCUGCUGGCAGGGCCGCCGGUAGCGGUAACGGUACCGGUGGCGGGGUCGGGGGCCGUAACCUCGGUACCGUCGCUUGACGUCGUCUGUGCCCUACCAGAGGGCGACAAGCAAGCGGCAGUAGCAGCGGAGGCCGGCGGGCUGGUGGCAGGGGGUGCUGUUGCUGACCGUGAG